GAAACGGGUUACUUACUUCCAUCCAGAUUAUUACAGAUCUGUGUUUCCGACCACAUUUCGUCUAAGACGGUUCGUUCAUCUCUUUCUUUUGCCUCAGUAUUCUCUUGUCAAACGAAAACAUGUUUCACAGGUAUUACAGAUUCUACGGUGAACCCAAGGUGGAGCAUAAGCUCCUAACCGUGUUAAUCUGAAACCAGUUUAAUGCUGUCUAAUAAAAAAUGGGAGGAGGUUUAUACAGAUUAGAGGCUUAUCUGCUGGCAGAUAAACCUGAUGGAUCACAGUUUAACUCCUGAGCAGAGGCUGCUGCGGGUGUUUUAUGAUGAAAUUAUUGGCUUUUCAUUCCGAGGAACCAUUUUCAAGAUACUAUGAGGAAGGAAAAGUCAAGAAAACGUCAUGAGACCAAAAACAAUUCAUGUGAGUUUGUUCAAUCAACAUCAACAUCAAGAUAAUCAACAUCAGUGACGAAGGAGUUUUGGAGGCGAUAACAUCAGGACUUCAGCUACCGUAAACUUAAUUGGCUCUAGUGGGACCUUAAAUGGGACACAAAAUGGGACCAUGCUUGCGAUGUUGCAGCUGUUUAAGCUUCAUUUUAGUUCAAUAGUCAGAACUUUAGUGUUACAAACUGACUGGAAAAGAGAGAUGCAGCCAUCCAUCCGGAGGAGACAGACCUCAGCUCAGCAUGCAGCAACUUUCAUGUGCAGCAGGUCGGACGGUUCUGCAGAGACGGACGAGGUUCGGUCGAAGCCUCGGUUCCACCUGGACCUCUGGCUCAGCUUCACCGUCCAGAGCUGGGUCCUGGAUGUGGGCCGUCCUGUUGUUAUGCUCGUCCUCCCGGCAGACUGGUUUCCUCUGAACCGUCCUGAUGCUGCAGAAUACCUUCAUCUCCUGUACAACAUCAGCAUGCCGCUCAUACUGCUCAAGCUGCUUGAACGCAGCCCCAGGACGCUGCCCUGCCCGGCCAUCCACCUGGGCAUCAUCGCCGUCGUCACGGGAACCAGCCUCCACCUGGUGGCUGACUCCAUCACGCGACGCCUCCUGCUGAUUGGCUACCAGCUACAUCUCCCUGUCAGAGAGAAUCUGGUCAUGAGGAACCUGAAACCCUCCUCCGUGGUCGACCUGUUUGAGCUUCUGUUUUACUUUGCCGACACUCUGGGUCAUCUGAUGUGGUAUGUUCCUCUCUUCCUCGUGCUCUUCCUCUUCUUCAGUGGUUGCUUCUGCCACAGGAAGCAGGAGGAGAAAAUGCCGACGGCCGCGUGGAUGCUACUUGUCCCCAAUGCCGCCUACUACUGGUACCUGAUCACUGAGGGUCAGACCUUCAUCCUCUUCAUCUUCACCUUCUUCGCCAUGACCGCCACGGUAAUGCACCAGAGGAGGCGAUGCAUGGUUCCCAACGGCAACGGCCUCUUCAUGCUCUACAGUUUCUCUGCAGCUCUGGUCCUGGUGGCGGUCUGGGUGGCCUGUCUGUGGAACGACGGCGUCCUGAGGAAGAAGCACCCCGGGCUAAUCUACGUCCCGCAGCCUCGAGCCGUCUACACGCUCCACCUCCACCAGAACGCACAGACAUAACAGAGCCGCUGUCCUCCGACUCGGUGGAUAAAAGGGGACAACGGCGGUUCAGAAUCAUCCAGGGAGUGUAAUUGAAUCCAGGAAAAUGUGAAGUGUCGUAGUCACUCUGUACAUCAG